UUCAAUUUAUUUGAAAUCGUAGUAAAUCUUGUGAUGAUUUAUGUAAUUAUUUAUGUGAUGUUUGAUAUGUAGUACAAGAAAAUUAUUUUAUAUUUAAAAUAAGUUUCUGAAAAUUUGUUUUAUACAAUGGCUAUGUUCGAAGUAUUGAGAAAAGAAUAUAGUGAUUAUUUACAACAAUGUUUUAAAGUAUCAGAUAUACAGACAUUUCAAAAGAAAUGUACAGAACGAUGUACAAAUGAUAGUGAUAGAAAAGCUGCAAUUGAUCAAGCAUUAAGGGACACACUUCUUGUAAUAUUAUCUGAAAAUGCAUUGAGCAAUGUGCAAUUACUUGAAACUUAUAUUACAUUUUGUAUUGAAUUAUGUAGAAAAGAUUUAGCAACUGCAAGUAUGCCAGUGAUGCUACUUGGAGAUAUAUUUGAUUCAAUGACACUUGAUAGAUGUGAACAACUUUUUACUUUUGUUGAAAACAAUGUAGUUGUGUGGAAAGAAGAUUUGUUCUUUAGUGCUUGUAAAAAUAAUUUAUUAAGAAUGUGCAAUGAUUUACUUAGAAGAUUAUCUAGAUCACAACAAACUGUAUUUUGUGGAAGAAUUCUUUUAUUUUUAGCUAAGUUUUUUCCUUUUUCUGAAAGAUCUGGUCUUAAUAUUGUUAGUGAAUUUAACUUAGAAAAUCACACAGAAUUUGGUUCUGAAAAAUCAGAAGGAGAUGAUUUAGAACAAAUAACUAAAGAUGAUGAUAAAUCAGAAACUAAAGUGCCAAUUGAUUAUAAUUUAUAUAGAAAGUUUUGGGCACUUCAAGAUUUUUUUAGAAAUCCUAAUCAAUGUUAUCAGAAAAUGCAUUGGAAAGUAUUUUCAGCACAUGCUUCAAGUGUGUUAUCUGCAUUUUCAUCUUUUAAAUUAGAAGAACAACGUAAUUAUCCUUCAACAUGUAUUAAAAUUGAUUCUUCUAUAGAAGGAUCCCAUAAAGAAACUCCUUAUUUUGCAAAAUAUUUAACAAAUCAGAAAUUAUUGGAGCUACAAUUAUCUGAUUCAAAUUUCAGGCGAUAUGUAUUAUUGCAAUUUCUCAUUCUUUUCCAAUAUCUUAAUAGCACUGUUAAAUUUAAAGCCUUCCUUGCCAGUGGCUAUGAGACAAGUGAAACACACGAACUGAAACCUGACCAAGUAGACUGGGUAAAAGCAACCACAGAGCAAGUGUAUGCCUUAUUGACAGAAACACCUCCUGAUGGUCCUACAUUUGCAGAAACUGUUAAAAAUAUAUUAAAACGCGAAGAGCAUUGGAAUGCUUGGAAAAAUGAAGGAUGUCCAGCAUUCAAAAAGCCAGCUCCAGAUUCUAGCACUGAUAUAGAAGAUUUAAGGAAACCAAAGAGACCAAAACGCAGAAUUGGAGAUGUUAUUAGAGAUGCUCAAACAGUUGGAAAAUAUCAUAUGGGAAACCCAGAACUUACAAAAUUGUGGAAUCUGUGUCCCAAUAAUCUUGAAGCAUGUAAAUCCAAAGAAAGAGAUUUUCUUCCAUCUUUAGAAACAUAUUUUGAAGAAGCUAUUAUGCAAUUAGAUCCCAAUGCAAUGGUAGAAGAUGAAUACAAGAAAGUAAAUGAUGGAAAUUUCGGUUGGAGAGCAUUAAGAUUAUUGGCUAGGCGUAGUCCCCAUUUUUUUGUUCAUGGGAAUUAUCCUAUUAAUAAACUUCCUGAAUAUUUAGAAACAAUGAUCAAAAAAAUUGCUAAAGAUCGUCCACAGACACAAUCAGAUAUAAAAUUAGAAACGGAAGAGACUCCACCACCAGAAGCAAAUGAUCAGGAAUUUAAUGAAGAUGUUCUUAAACAAGAUAGUGAACAAGUUGAAACCGAAAAUACCGAUACAAAAGGACGAAAACUAACUAAAGUGACACCUGAAAUGGUAGCGAGAUUGUCAGAGAUUUUGAAAAAUGAUUGGAAAAAAUUAGCAACCAAAUUUGGUUAUACAAGUGAAGAAAUUUCAUUUUUUCAAGGUAAACCAACGCCAUAUGAGCAAUGUAAAAAUAUGCUGGAAAUUUGGGCGGAAGAAGACGUUGACGCGUCGAUGGAAAAUUUAGCAUAUAUCUUAGAAGGUUUAAAAUUUACAGAAGCAUUAGCUAUUUUAAAAUCUUAAUUAUCUUUUAAAAAUAUAAUAUUUUUAAAAAAAACAAAAAUGUACAGUAUGAAUGUAUGAAUGAAACUUUUACAAUUUUUUCUAA